AUGCCACGCGCUAGAAUUGAGGGCCUUCUUGUCUCAUUUCCAAAAUUGACGAGUACUGGACAGCAGCAUACUACAAUUGAAACUGAACAUGUCCGUUACGUCUAUCAACCCCUUGAUGAAUUAUACAUGGUUCUUAUUACCAAUCGCCAAUCUAAUAUCUUGCAAGAUAUUGACACUCUACAUCUAUUUGCUCGUGUGGUAUCGGAUGUUUGUCGAUCCAAUGACGAAAGAGAGAUUUUGAAAAAUAGUUUUGAACUUUUGAGUGCUUUUGAUGAAAUUGUUUCAUUAGGUUAUCGAGAAAAUGUAAACUUGGCACAGGUCAAGAGCAUCACAGAAAUGGAAAGUCAUGAAGAAAAGAUUCAAGAAAUAAUAGCAAAAAAUAAAGAACAAGAAGCCAAAGAGGAGCUCAAGAGGAGAGCUAAACAAUUAGAAAUGCAAAAAAAAGAAAUGCUCAAGCGCGGUGGCGGUGCAUUGAGCGGUACUUCUUUUGGAAGUAACUUUGCUCAAUCAAUCAGUAAACCUUCUUCAUAUAAUGAACCGCAAGUUCAAACGACUUUCGAAGAAAAUAUCCGUUCAUCGUUUACGCACAUGAAUUUUCGACAUAGUUCGCCUACUCCGUCAUCAUCUAAAGCCAAGGGUAUGCAGCUUGGACGUAAACAGAAGGGUUCCGAUCUAUUCGAAGCCGUUAAAAAUGAAGUUGGUUUUGAAGAAACUAUUGAAAAGCCCAAUAGAAUGACUUCUAUUUCAAAAGUUCAAGUGGAAAGUGUACACCUUGCAAUUAUGGAAAAGAUUUCUUUACAAGCUAACCGAGAUGGGGGUUUGGAAAAUUUAGAAGUUAAGGGUGACUUGGAACUAACCGUUUCUGAUCCAGACUUAACAAAAAUCAAAAUAUCUGUUCGUGCUGUUGAUGAUGGUACUGUGCAAUUAAAGACUCAUCCCAACGUUGAUAAGAAAUUAUUUUCAAGUGAUAGUAUUAUUUCAUUGAAAAACCCCGCCAAAGGUUUUCCUGUUAAUCAACCAUUGGGUGUAUUAAGAUGGCGUUAUAUCACUAAAGAUGAGACUGUGAUCCCAUUAUCAAUAAAUUGUUGGCCUUCCCCAUCUGGGGAUGGAACAUUUGAUGUUAAUAUUGAAUAUGAAUUAGAGAACGAUGAACAAGAGUUCAAAGACGUAUUGAUCACUAUUCCUUUGCCUCCUGGAGGAAAUCCUACUGUUGGUGAAGUGGAUGGUCAUUAUGAAGUAAAUCGUCAAACAAGAAGUUUAGAUUGGCAAUUAGCCAUUAUUGACGCUUCUAAUAAGCAAGGCUCUCUGGAAUUCAGUAUUGCGGGUGACGAUGUUAACGCAUUUUUCCCUGUCGGAGUGUCAUUUGUUAGUGAAAAAACUUUCUGUGAUAUAGAUGUUUUGGAGGUGACUCUCAUUGAGACAGGUGCACCUGUGACUUAUUCCAAAGAAAAAAUUCUGACAGCCGAAGAAUAUAAUGUCGUGUAA